UCUUUUAUUGGGUCCUGUCCAGCUAGUGCUGUGUCUUUAAGGAAGCUGAAGCUGCUAAAAGUGAGUGAGAGAGAGGGAAAAAAAGAAAAAAACUUGGCAUCUUUUCCCCCUCGAGUUUCUGGUGUCACUUAUGAAACACGGGUCCUUGUUGCUGCAGAGAAGCAGUUGUUUUGCUAGAAGGAGGGAGUGUCCGGGCUGUCUGGGCUCCCUUCCUGCAGCCUGCUCUCAACGAGGCCCCAGGCACCCUGCCUGGGAAAGGGCGGGCACGGGCGAGCAGUUCGAAGGUGGGGCAGGAGCCAGGGUGCCCUUUCCUCCAGCCUCCCUGUCCUCCCCUGCGUGCCCGUGACUCUGCAGCCCGCCCUGGGCUAACUCUGUCCUUUGUCACUCUUUCGUUCCAUCUUAGAAGAGGAUCCGCUUGGCUAAGGAAGAGUGGUUUGAAGGUAAGCCAGCGGGAAAGGGGGAGGCCCACCGGGCACAGAGGCUCGACUGCUUGGCACUUUCCCGUUAGUUCGGGGUGCUGGGGACAAUCCCUUGUUUGCAUCCGUUCAGGGGGCAUCUGCCCCUCUAGCAACCGCAUCCCCAGAAAUCCCAGCAGCAUUGGGUUGAACCACUGGCCUCACCCAAGCCAGCUGAGAGGUCCUGGCGGGGGUUAUUUAGGCAGCUGCCUGGCGUAGUCUGAACGGAACAGGCCACGGGUGUGAUUCUGUAGAAAGGGUUUGGUGUCUGCUGCGGUCAUAGCCUGUAGGCGCAGGAGGGGGCGGUCGGGGUGGGUGGGGGCGGUGUGCACUGCACAAGGGGCCUUGUCUGGGCCAGGGCAAAGCAUACCUAUGGGGGGCUCUGGUGGGAGGGGCCAUGGCCAGGAUGUGGGAGGGCAGGAGGGAGGUUCUGUGGAGUGCAGGGGGAGGGGGGCGGCUGAGAACGGAUUUCAAGUCAUAAACUCAGCUCGGAGCUGGCCGAGGCAGGGAGAGCUCUCUGUUUGGAGGAGGAGCUGGGGUCCUCUUCCAUCCUGUCUUCGCCCCUUCUGGCUGCAUGACCUCGGGAGGUAGGAUGCAGGAGCUGUGUCUGCUGUGCUGGGCGGUCCUCCUGGGCCUAGCACAGGCCUGUCCUGAGCCCUGUGACUGCAGCGAGAAGUACGGCUUCCAGAUCGCCGACUGUGCCUACCGAGACCUGGAGGCGGUGCCUCCCGGCUUCCCUGCCAACGUGACCACGCUGAGCCUGUCAGCCAACCGGCUGCCCAGCCUGCCGGAGGGCGCCUUCCGAGAAGUGCCCCUGCUGCAGUCGCUAUGGCUGGCCCACAACGAAAUCCGUGUGGUGGCUGCUGGGGCCCUUGCCCCCCUGGGCCACCUCAAGAGCCUGGACCUCAGCCACAACCUCAUCUCUGACUUCGCCUGGGGCGACUUGCACAACCUCAGUGCCCUGCAGUUGCUCAAGAUGGACAGCAACGAGCUGACCUUCGUGCCCCGGGACGCCUUCCGCAGCCUGCGGGCACUGCGCUCGCUGCAGCUCAAUCACAACCGCCUGCACACGCUGGCCGAAGGCACCUUCGCGCCGCUCACGGCUCUGUCCCACCUGCAGAUCAACGACAACCCCUUUGACUGCACCUGCGGCAUCGUGUGGUUCAAGACGUGGGCCCUGACCACGGCCGUGUCCAUCCCGGAGCAAGACAACAUCACAUGCACUUCGCCCCACGUGCUCAAGGGCACGCCUCUGAGCCGCCUGCUGCCGCUGCCUUGCACGGCGCCCUCGGUGCAGCUCACCUACCAGCCCAGCCAGGAUGGCGCCGAGCUGCGGCCAGGCUUCGUGCUGGCCCUCCAUUGCGACGUGGAAGGCCAGCCGGCCCCCCAGCUCCACUGGCACAUCCAGACGCCCGGUGGCACCGUGGAGAUCACCAGCCCCAACGUGGGCGCUGACGGGCGUGCCCUGUCCAGGGUCCCGGUGGCCAGCGGCAAGCCUCGCUUCCAGGCCUUUGCCAAUGGGAGCCUGCUCAUCCCCGACUUCGGCAAGCUGGAGGAGGGCACCUACAGCUGCCUGGCCACCAAUGAGCUAGGCAGUGCGGAGAGCUCAGUGAACGUGGCCCUGGCCACGCCGGGCGAGGGCGGUGAGGAUGCACUGGGGCGCAAGUUCCACGGCAAAGCGGCGGAGGGUAAGGGCUGCUACACGGUUGACAACGAGGUGCAGCCCUCGGGUCCGGAGGACAACGUUGUCAUCAUCUACCUCAGCCGUGCGGGGGGGCCUGAGGCUGCAGCGGCGGGAGAAGGGGGCCCCGGAAAGCAGCCCCCCGGCCUGCUCCUACUAGGCCAGAGUCUCCUCCUUCUCUUUCUCACUUCUAUCUAGACUUCCCCUAUCCCCUCCCUGCGCUGGGCUGGAGCAACUCCAGCCCCCCCGCCCCCCCAGUUCCUUCCCUGACUCUGUGGAUGUCCCUUGUCAUAAGCAACACAAGGGUCCGAGGGUGGCGACCCCCAAGGCCUGCGAGGGGGACUUCACAUCUUCCUACCUCCCUUCUCACCUCUUCGGGAACACUCACCACCCCCAACUUCUAAACUUGCUCAAAGCUAGAGACUAGAGCAGAAUUUGAUCCCAUACUCACCUUGUACGGUGCUAAUUGCUGCUAACCACAUUGCCCACGCUACCUGGUCAGGGCGGAACGCUAACAGGGCGAUGCCUAACCGGCCGGGGGAAGCCCCACUGAUGGAAUUCCAGGCACUGGGGCUGACGAGCUGGCAGAGGCUGGGGGCACAGGGUUAGGGGCUUGGCAGGGAAGAAACCUAAAGCAGACAGGGAGGAGGCUCUCAGGUGGUGGUGGGCAUAGCUUUGGGCUCCUGGUAACCUACUUGAGCUCCUGCUGCCUCUCAGCAUUCCCUGAUGAUCUGGGGGGCUCAGGAGUCAGUGCCCUGAACUCAGACAGGAUUAGAGGAUCCAGGAGGGCCUUCAUCUCCUCCCAUCCUGUGCCCCUCCACCCUGGUCACCUGCCCUGCCUUUCUCUCCAAGUACGCGUCUAUAGCCUGCCCCUCCAAAGAGGCUAGCCGUCCCCAGGGGCGGCCGAGAAAUAAACAGCAUUUCCAAUGCU